GCUGUAUCAACCUUCAUUUGUUUGAUUAUUUCAUGGUCAAUCAAUCGGUUUAAUUGACAUAAACAUAAAUAAUGCACAACUUCCUAAGCCUUUUCCUGAGAUCAACUAGAUAGCCGCAGGAGAAGGAAUGAGGCAUGUUGGUGCACAUGAGGGAGUUUCCCCAGAAGAAGGCACCAGUCUGAUGUGGGGGGGGUGAUGAUGACUGGGAGGCGCCUGCCCUCUCAUUAAACACCCCCCCACCCCGUUUCCUCCACACCUCUUUUGUUUACACCUACAUGCCGGUCAAGUCCAGGCAGCAGAGCAGCAGACUUCACUCUGUCCUCGUCGUGGGGGGGGAAGACAGAGAGAGAGAGAGAGAGACACACAAUGUUCGCUUCCGUGCUCGGCCUCGUUUCGCUGUUCGGAGCGUGCGGCGCCUUUGACGCCCGGCUCGGGCCACCCGCGCUCGGGUUUAGCUCCUCGGUCCGCUCGGUGUGCAAACCCAUCCCGAGCACCCUGUCUCUGUGCCACGGGAUCGGCUACAGGCACAUGCGGAUCCCCAACUUGCUCGGCCACGACACGCUGCGGGAGGCCCAGCAGCAGUCGGCGGCCUGGCUGCCCCUCGUCUCCAAGCUGUGCCACCGGGACACCAAGAAGUUCCUGUGCUCGCUGUUCGCCCCGGUGUGCCUGCCGGAGCUCGGCGGGCCGGUCAGCCCCUGCAGGAGCCUGUGCGAGGUCGUGCGGGACGGCUGCGUGCCCGUGAUGAGCGCGUUCGGGUUCCCGUGGCCGGAGAUGUUUAACUGCACCCGGUUCCCGCGUAGGACCCAGCUGUGCAUCCCGGCAACCGGGGAGCGGGAGGGGGGGAUCCCGGAGGAGGUCAGGCACGAGGAGGCGUUGAAAGGCAGCGUCAUCUGUGAUGCCUGCAGUCUGGCUGCUGAAGGAGAAACCGACAUCCAGGAAAACUUCUGCCACAGUCCUUAUGCGUUUAAGAUGCGUCUGGGCAGCGUGUCGGCGGUGGGAGGGGACCGUCAGCUGGUGCCUACGGCCCGCAGCCGCAUCCUGAGGUGGGCAGGGGGAGGUGCGGAGAGGGCAGAGGGGGUCGGAGGCGCAAUGGCCCACAGCGCCUUGUGGCUGCAGGAGGGAGGCACCUGCGCUUGUCCCGGCUUGGACCACGCAACGACAAACAACGACAGGGGCCUGGAGGAGGGACAGGGACAAGCAAAAGAGGACAGAAAAGAAGGGAAAGGGUCCCAGGGCGGGUGGUUUCUGGCCUUGGCUCAGGCUGAAGAGGGGAGGCUGCUGCUGACUCGGCUGGUGAGGUGGACUAGAGGGGACAAAGAGCUGAAGAAGUUCAUCAGAGCUCUCCUCAAGCAGCCCUGUCCACAGUUGUAGACGAGGGGUCGCCGGCCAUCGCAGUGCUGCUUCGUGGUUUUAUGCAGAGUGUGGCUGUGUGCCGCUGAUUGCUACAUCGUUUAAUAAUGAACAGUUGACAAAUAGUUCCCAGCUAACGGUGAAUACUUCACCUGAUUUAUCGAUUGUUAGAUACGUGUAUAUGGCCCAGAUGUGUUGGAUGUUAUCUGAUUAUCUUAAAACUCUCCAAUUUUCUUGAUGAACUGUUCCUGAAUGGCUCUGAAAAGCCUCUGCCAUGACUCAUAAUAAGGAAUCAUCACGAAAUAGUGCAAAUGCUGGUGUACUUCCAACAAGGGCAAUAUCAGGGGGUUUUUGUAAAUAGGAGAGAGAAAAUACAACCCUUAAAUCAAAGUCAGUGUUUGGUAUUGAUUGCAAGGUUUGUACUGAUCUCACCAUAAGUUUUCUUUUGACACUUUGAUUUGAAGCAGUAUAUUGUCACUUGAUUAACCAUAAAAAUGUUUUCUUAUGCUACCUAUCCUAUUGUUUUGUACGCAUGAAACAUACACACAUUUAUAUUGCCUCAUAGAUGAUCAUUUUGUUUCACGGCAGCUGCAGUCGUUUUAGGAGUGAUCACACUUAUAAACUGUGAAAUGUGAUGUCACUCCCCAUAAAACGCUCACAUCAGAAGAGCAGCACGGAAAAGAAAGGACAGAAAUAAAAGGUAUAUAAUAAGUCCUUUAGCAUUUUGUUACAUUUAUUUGUUCCAAACAUAACUGCUGUAGUAUUUUUCAUUUUUGUUUGAUAUUCCUUUCAUUUAAAUAAACUUUAAUACACUUAAAAUAAACACUAUUUAGUUACAUUC